AUGUACGUCGGCAACCCGCUCCUCGCGCUUUUCGGCGGGCUCGCCGUCGGCGUGCCGGGCGAGCUGCGCGGGCUCGCGGCCGCGCACGAGCGGUGGGGCGUGAUGGACUGGCGGGAGCUCGUGAUGCCGAGUGUAAGGAUUGCGGAGGGGUGGGUCGUCCAGGAGGAGCUGGCAAAGAGGAUCCGGAUCCCGUUCUUUGAGGACCUGAUGCUGCGCGACCCGGCAUGGUCGGCGAUAUUCGCGCCCAACGGUGAGCUGUUAAAAGAGGGCGAGAUUAUCAGGCGCACGAAUUACUCGCGCACGCUGCGUGCCGUGGCUGAGCAGGGGCCCGAUGCGUUCUACUCCGGCCCCAUCGCCUCCUCCCUCCUGCACACGAUCCACGCCACCGGGGGCAUCCUCACCGCCGCCGACCUGGCCUCGUACAAGCCCAUCGUGCGCCGCGCACUGGAAGGUACGUACCGCGGGAUGAAGGUCUACACGAGCCACGCGCCGACGAGCGGGGGUGUGUUGUUGAUGAUGCUAAGCGCGGCCGAAAGGUUGGGCGUGGGGGAGCAGGCGGGACGCGGCGUGGGCGUGCAUCGCGCUGUGGAGGUGAUGAAAUUUGGCUUCGCGGCGCGGACGAAGGUGUCCGACCCGGCGUUUGCGCGGGAUACGAAGCGCAUUGAUGAGAUUUAUAGCGAGGAGUAUAUUGAUUCGGUGGUAAGGAACGUGACGGACGACACGACGCACCCGCCGGAGUAUUAUAACCCGGUGUACGACGUGAAGAUCGACCAUGGCACGAGCCACUCGUCGAUCGUGGACAAGGACGGGAUGGCCGUCGCGCUGACGUCGACGGUGAACCUCGUGUUCGGGAGCCAGGUGAUGGAUCGGGAGACGGGGGUCAUACUGAAUGACGAGAUGGACGACUUUUCGACGCCGGGGACGCCGAAUGCGUUCGGGCUCUGGCCGUCACCCUACAACUACCCCGCCCCGAACAAACGCCCGCUCUCCUCGACCACGCCCACGAUCGUCGAGGACGCCGCGGGCAACUUCAAGCUCGCGAUCGGCGGCUCGGGCGGGUCGCGCAUCUUCCCCGCCGUGUUCCAGACGAUCCUGAACGUCUUCGAGUACGGGAUGGACGUGGGGCAAGCGGUGGAGUACGGGCGGGUGCACGACCAGCUGUACCCGCUCGUGACGGAUGUGGAUAGUGUGUACCCCGAGGAGGGGGUAAGGGAGCUGAGGGAAAGGGGGCAUAAUGUUACGGUGGAGGACGUGAAUAGGAUUGCGGCGGUUGUGAAUGCCGUGAUGGGGGCGGAUGGGGUGUACUAUGCUGCGAGCGAUUCGAGGAAGAAUGGCGUGGCGGCGGGGUAUUGAGGGGUGCACUGCGGGGUUUGGAUAUAGAUUAAUGUUAUUCUUAAUGAACACUGCUCUGACGUUGGGUGCCCACAAGCAAUUUGCCUCAGCCACCCACCAUUCUGUGGCCACACGCGUUGUAUGUGUCUGCACAUGUACCGGUACAGUGUACUCGUAGUACACGUCUCAGCGAUUUAGCUCUGUUGGACAUUCCAGCAGCUGAGCCCGGA